UUCCCGCGUUCCACCCUCCGGUGAUUUGCAGAAUUUUCUGUCUGACUGUCUACCCCGUCUCCUGACCCUUUCGACGUCCAUAGCUAUAAACCCCCCCCCCUUUCUCCGUCACCGGACGGCUCUCACCACCACCGAUGACAGAACCCACCACGUCCCGCCUUCCAAGUGUCCUGCUGGAACCUCCUCCAAAGGGUGUGGAGUUGGAGGACCCCGGAGCCCAGGAAUCCGCUGUCGAAAGUGAUGAUGAACAUUUCUCCGAUGCAUCCGAAGGCCGGAACAACACUGGACUUCCACGACUUGACAUUCCUCAGCCUCAAGAGGUGAAAAGCCUUUGCGUGAACGUGCCCCUUAGCCCUGGCGGCACUCCCAUACCACUCACUGUCGUCGAGAAGGUGGAUCCAGACGACACAAGAUACGGCGACGGACCCGGGACUCCGGCAUAUAAAGCUCGAAAAACGGAUGCAGUUCUCGAUCUGGUUUAUAAAAUGGGUGAAUGGAACCCCGAACUAUCCGAUAACGCUUCACAAACCCCGUCACAGAGUCCUUCUACCUCUCCUCCUGAGACAAAGCUGUCCCGUGUGGAUUCUCCACCGGAAAGGAUAUCCUCGCCAUCAUCGUUUUCUGCCCAUAAACAGAGGCCAAGUGAUGCACUUCCCGAUGUCGUGGAAGAUGUGCAAGAUAUCGAUGGUUCAACCGCUUUGCCCGGAGGUAGAGCCUCUUCACAAGAACUAGACCAGAAUUCUAGCCCGAUAGCCGGUGGAUUUGGGAAUGGUCUUGCUUAUGAUGAAGAAGAUGCACCACUUGGGGAGGACUUCGACGAUUUUAAAGAGGGCGAUGACGACGCGGAACACGAUGACUUUGGUGAUUUCGAUAAUGAGUUUCAGGAAGCACCUUCAGAUGCUGCUAUCGACAUCGAGCAUACAGAGGCCGGCUUUACGCCAAUGGAGACCUCUCCUACGUCGGCUCCUGCUCUUUUAGACCUUAGCUCUAUUGACUCGCUAUCGAAUCUCCUGGAAGUUACGUCGGAUCACCUUGAUGCUCUCUUCCCCAAAUCGGCAAGCCUCUUCACACUACCUCCAGUUGACCCUAUCCCCGAUUCUUCCGCAAUAUUCAGCACAGAACGCUCCUUAUCACUUUGGUCACAACUAGUCGCUCCACCACCACUCCAACCUCCAAAUUGGACGAGAUCCCGCAUCCGUCGCCUCUUCCUUGUCUCCCUUGGUGUACCCGUUGACCUCGACGAAAUCCUACCCGCAUCCAAACAAAAGAAGUUAGUCCUUCCCUCAAUUACAAUCGACGAAACUACCCGCAACUCCCACGAUGCAUCCAGGCGACUACGAAGCAACCCCAAGAAAUCACAUGAGGGCAGUGAUCGAACAGCCCGCUCAUCCACAUCUACCGACACUAGGCGCUCUGGAUCGCGCAACCGUCCCUCGCGUCGUCGCCGUGGGCAGCCGUCGGCACCGGAAUUGGAUCUAUCCGCCGUGCGACGAUUAUGUGCAACCACAGAUGCCGCGCUGGACGGGUUCACGGACGAGGAGAUGCAGCAGCAUAUUAAGAUCCUCGAAGAAAUGACGGUCCGGGCGAGUGGGGUGCUGGAAUACUGGUUGAAGAAGAGAGAUGGUCAGGUCGGCGAGAAGGAGGCGUAUAACGGCGUUAUCGAAAAUCUGGUGAAACACGCGAGACAGGUGAGAAGUUGA